CAGAAGCCAGCAGCUUCAGCAUUGAUGUCUGCCAUUCUCCGUGCAUUUCUGGUGUCCACCGUACAAGUCUCCUUGGCAAGCCUUGGUACCCUGGGAAAUUGAGGAAGGGAAAAAAACCAUUACAAAUUUUCUUCUUAGAAGUUUCCAUCAAAUAUGCUUAGCACUUUCUGAAUGAGCUGAGGAUUUGAAGUGCUAAUAAGCAGCAAAUAACCCCAAAGGACAGCCAUAGGUGAGGAGAGGCCAUGGAAUACCCAUCAACCAGAUACUCAGCGCUGGAAUAAUUGGGAAGUGUCUGAAUGUAGGCUGCAGAAGUCCUGAAGAUUAAUGGAGGGCCAUGCUAUUCAAACAGCAGGCGUGGCUGAGACAGAAGCUCCUUGUGCUGGGAAGCCUUGCUGUUGGGAGCCUCCUGUAUCUAGUCGCCAGAGUUGGGAGCUUGGAUAGGCUGCAGCCCAUUUGCCCCGUGGAAGGCCGCUUCGGAGCCCGUGGCCAGGCUGAUUUCCCGCUCAGAGCCCUGCAGUUCAAGCGGGGCCUGCUGCACGAGUUUCGGAAAGGCAACGCAUCCCAAGAGCAGGUCCGCCUCCACGAGCUGGUCCAGCAGCUCCCCAAGGCCAUUAUCAUUGGGGUGAGGAAAGGAGGCACCAGGGCACUGCUGGAGAUGCUGAACCUCCAUCCCGCCGUGGUCAAAGCCUCCCAAGAAAUCCACUUCUUUGACAAUGAUGAGAACUACGCCAAGGGCAUCGAGUGGUACAGGAAAAAGAUGCCUUUGUCCUAUCCUCAGCAAAUCACAAUAGAAAAGAGCCCGGCAUAUUUCAUCACAGAGGAGGUUCCUGAGCGGAUUUACAAAAUGAACUCAUCCAUCAAGCUGUUGAUCAUCGUCAGGGAGCCUACCACAAGAGCGAUUUCUGAUUACACUCAGGUGCUGGAGGGGAAGGAGAGGAAGAACAAAACGUACUACAAGUUUGAGAAGCUGGCGAUCGACCCAAACACCUGUGAAGUGAACACCAAGUAUAAGGCCGUCAGAACCAGCAUCUACACCAAGCAUCUGGAAAGGUGGUUGAAAUAUUUCCCAAUCGAGCAGUUCCACGUCGUCGAUGGAGAUCGCCUCAUCACGGAACCGCUGCCAGAACUGCAGCUCGUGGAGAAGUUUCUCAAUCUUCCUCCAAGGAUCAGUCAAUACAAUUUAUAUUUCAACGCUACCAGAGGAUUUUACUGCUUGCGAUUUAACAUUAUCUUUAAUAAGUGCCUGGCGGGCAGCAAGGGGCGCAUUCAUCCAGAGGUGGACCCCUCUGUCAUUACCAAAUUACGUAAAUUCUUUCACCCAUUCAAUCAAAAGUUUUACCAGAUCACUGGGAGGACCUUGAACUGGCCCUAAGGUAAUACAUCAUACAACACUGUGUUGUGCCUGGGACAUCCCAUCGUCUCCGCUAGAUUGAAAUAUGCACUUUCCUAGACACGGCUACCCAAGUCAUUUUUCCAUGUAGACUUGUACAUACACUGUGUGUGACCAAAUAUCAGAUCAGUCCUUUUUCUACUGAAAAUUCGCAAAUCAAAAUUGUGCUCUGCAUAGUUGCAUCUUUUUAAGCGAUUGACAAAAAAAAGAGGUGGUGGGCUGGGGGAAAGUGGCUUCAGCAACUCCCCAGUAGUUAGUCUUCCUUUGACGUCGACAUUGUCACGCGCCAUUUCCAUAGAUUUAAGCCAAAAGAUUCAUGUGUGACAAUGUCCCAAUGGCUGUGAAGCUGCAGGAAGUAGAGGAUUCUGUUGACUCAUCUUUUUUUCCUAAGGGAAAGCUGGCUCUUCGGUUCAAAUGCUGAAUUGGGACCAUGAAAAUACUAUUUUCUUAUUAUUUAAAGAAUGUCUUAGCUCGUAAAAUUGACAUUGUUCCAAAGUUUCUGGGAUUUUGCACUAUUGUUUCUUGUAUGGACCAUGGUGUCGUCGCUGAUAGCAUGUCAUUCACCCAUUGGAAAGUCUAGUCCUUUACCGUCCAUGUUACAUGUCAACAAAGAGAAAUGUCAUGUACAUAGUGUAUAUGGCUGUAAAUACUGGUUUCACACUAAGUAAUUCUAUUUUGUAAACUGAAUAUGGCUAUUUAAUUUAUUGUGAAAAUUAAAUUUAUUGUGGUAUUUAAAAAUGGAAUGGAUUAAAAUUUA